AUGUUCCCAUUCAAGCCACCAACACAUGGAUUAUAUCCCUACUACUCUGUAUGUUUCGCCAGGAAUCUCAGUAAGCAGAACUUCUGCUUUGAUCCGCGAGAAGGAAGAAGAAUGGUUAAUUCGUUUCUUACAGGGCUAUACGAUAACGAUGUGACGUUUGGCAUUCAGCGCGUGGGCGGACCAGAUGACACCACACUGUACAAAUGCUGCCGCACACCCCCGGGUUACUAUAUCGACUACCUGUCGUGCUACUACAAAAUGACCCACGAUCAGUACUACGAGUACUACAAUGCACCGUUUUUCCUGGUGUUUUGCGAUACGGGACACGUUGUCACGGGAAUGGCCAGGAAAAUCAAUCCCUACGUGAACGAGUACAAUUUGGACUGGAUACAGUGCUGUCGCGUGGGUGUCGGACCAGGACCGGUGUGGCCGGUACUCGGUCCCUCUUAUCUGCUACACGGUUUAUCCGGUCGAUCCGAUCAUGGAUUCAUCGGUCACCGGGCGGAAAAUACGGCAUCUGUUGGUCAUAUUCUUGCCAUGCAGUGAACGAAUAACAUUGAUUGGUGAGCAUUCCAAACGCCAAACUAGCAAAAUCUCGAAAACGCGGAAGUCGCUGUAUAUAUGUUAAUAGUUCAAUCAAUUAGCUAAAUCAGUAAGUACUCACAAGACGCGGCUUUUUCUUAUUUUCGAGCCGUUACAAAGCUGUUUUUGGUGAA